AGCUUGCUACUUCACAGAACUUCUUCGGUGAAGAUGGAGAAGACAGCCUUGCUAACGGAUGGCGAUUCUGCGCCGCAAAGCGCAAACAAGAAGCGCGCCUCGCGCCUCAGAGUAGCUUGCAUCAGUCUUGCAUGCUUGCUUAUCUUCUAUCUUCACUUGCCUUUCUUUAGACCUCAUCAUCCUCCUCCUCCUCCUCCUCACCAUCAUCAUCCUCAUCCGCCGCCUCCUCCUCCUCCUCACCAUCACCCUGACCACGACCACGACCACGACCAUGACCCCGAUCAUGGCCGUGGUCCCUGGAGAGGACCGUCUCCCUAUGGAAACUUCCCAAAAGCUAAUGAUCCUUUCCACUUCAUCCCCUGCACACAUGCGACUGUGCCUCCCGCUCUUGAUGACCGCCAUGCAAAGAGAAGCUGGUCGAGGCUCUUUGACCCAAAUCCCAGACACUGGAGCUGGGGCAACAAGACCGAACAAGACGGACACGCCAUCUCAAAGCAUGACCCCUACUCUGGCCGCGGCAUCUACCUCUGCGGCUGGCUCGACGUUCCUCUGGACUACACCAAUGCGUCUGAUCCCCGUAUCGCUCGCCUUGCCGUGACAAAGUAUCAGGUCUCAGGGCUCGCUCCUGUUCAUGGCCGCUCCCAACCGUCUGCUGGCCAUAAAAGCGAGCGGACUCUUGUUGUUGAACCUGGCGGCCCCGGUGGCAGCGGAACGUCUCUUGUCUGGCGUUCUGCCGAAGCCUUCACGGAGCGUCUGAGCGGUGGCGCAUACGAUGUGCUGGGCUGGGAUCCCCGUGGCGUCAACACGUCCCUCCCUGCCCUCUCUUGCUUCCCAUUUGAUGCCGACAGAGAUCACUGGUCAAUGAUGAGCGGACAGUACCGCGAGGUUCUUGGCUCGCCUAGGGCUCAUCUUGAGGUCGCGGAUGCCUUGAACCAGGCAAUCUUCAGCGCCUGCUACGAAAGACACGGUGAUCUACCUCGCUUUGUGAGCACAGCAUUCGUAGCUCGCGACCUCGAGGAAAUUCGCAAGGCCCUAGGAGAAGAUGAGCUGACGGCGCACAUGAUCUCAUACGGCACCGGAAUUGGACAGACAUAUGCCAACAUGUUUCCAUCGAGUGUAGGAAGGAUGAUCCUGGACGGCACUGAGUAUGUCAGAGAUCAUCGUCUCUUGGGAGGCUUUGGCUGGACUGCCUUGGAUAAUGCGACUAAUGCCUGGCAUGAUGGCUUUCUUGGAGAGUGCAUCAACGCCGGACCAGAGCAUUGUGAUUUAGCGAAGCCGGUCGAUGGCCACGCUGUUACUCUGGAAAGCCUAGAAACUCGCAUGGAGACGCUCAUUACUUCGCUUAUUGCGCGACCCGUAGUAGGCUAUACAAAGUCCAACGGCCCAUCUAUCAUCACGUACUCUGGCUUGGUGGGAGCCAUUUAUGGAUCUCUUUAUAACGCAUUCUCUUGGCCCGCACUGGCAACGCUCCUCUACGAGCUUGAGGCAGGAAACUCUACGCUCGCUGCAGCCAUGCUUGAGCGCACAGCCUGGGAAUAUGACCCUGCUCUGCCCUCUAUUCCCAAUAGAAAACCCUCUACCGAUGAGUUAGCGGACUUGGUCAUAUGCUCAGAUGGCUAUGAUGCCGCGCUGCCAGAGAAUGGCCUCGACUGGUGGGAAUCGCUAUGGGCGAACAUGACUGCCAAAUCGUGGAUCUCGGGCAACUCGCGCUUCUUUAACGUAUUCCCUUGCCAGCGAUUUACAGAGUACUGGCCUACGCCGGCGGAGGUAUACCGUGGCGAUUUGAAUACAACGCUCAAGCAUCCGCUUCUGCUGAUUGCCGAGACAUACGAUCCUGCUACGCCAUUGAGAAAUGGUCGAAGGCUGCUCGAGGAGAUGGGAAGCAACGCGCGACUUAUUGCGCACCAUGGCUACGGCCAUUCGUCGCGAGACAAGUCCGAUUGCACGGACGCCAUUGCAAAGAAUUUCAUCUUGAAUGGAGAACUGCCUGAUGAGCAAGAGACGGCUUGCUACGCAAAUGAGAAGCCAUAUCUCUAUGGCGUUGAGAAGGGCAAGGCGAGCAAGAAGACAGAUCCUUUGGUCAUUUGGAGCGAGCAUAUCAAGGAGCUGCCGUAUCUCAAUCCGCGGCUGCUUUAGAAAGAUGUAGCAUAGUAUACUCGCAAAAUCUCUUUUCCCUUGUCGCGUGCUUUUUUAUUCAUAUUCUAGAGAAGGAGAAGUCGAUAUAGGAGAUAUAUUGCAGCGCAAUUUAUUCCAUUGUAUUGUUUUUGUGUAUUAACUAUGGGUAUCGCAUUUUCACAAACGAAAGUCACAUAUUUAAGCAAAACUCACCUUUCAAUCUGUUUUCGUGACGCAAAGUAUAGCUCAUCAAAAAAAAAAAUUAUGAGCCCCGUAUGUAUGCCAGAGAUAUGGGCGGCGGAUUUCCAAUACGAAGCCCAAGAUAAAAGAGUCCAAAGUGGUAUUAAAAGGGCCCGAGUGAUGCGGUUAGUAUUACACGUGGCACCUCCGCCAAACACAAUACCC